AUCUCUCACCACAACAGAAGGGCUGAGAGCAGAUAUACACCUGAGCAGAUCCGGAACAGUUCACCAGUGGGAGUAUUACUAACCAUACGGGCACAGAUGGAUCCCACUGAUGUUGACUUUCAAUAUGAUUAUUACCAAGAUGAUGUUCCAUCACCGUGUGAUACUGUCAGUUUCCACAACUGGUACGAUACUCUACAGCUAUGCAUCUACUCCCUCGUCUGUGCUGUCGGCCUCGUGGGCAACAUCACGGUGAUCCUCAGCUAUGCGUGCUUCUGCAGGAAAACCAGGAUGCGCAUGACCAUGACUGACGUGUACCUGAUAAACAUGGCAGUGGCACAUCUCGUGUUCGUGAUGGCUCUUCCCGUGACCAUCUUCUAUGAGCGUAACGGCUGGCCUGUUAUGGGUGUCGCAGUUUGCAAACUUGCGAGGGGAGCCUACAGCAUCAAACUGCACUGCAGCGCACUGCUCCUAGCCUGCCUCAGUGGAGACCGAUACACAGCCAUCGUACAGGCCAGAGGCAGCUCCACCGUGGCACAGGCCGGGGAGACCUCCAUGCUACAGGAUGGGGACGGGGACAUGGAACAGGGCAAGGACAGCUCCAUGGUACAGCCCAUGGGAAGAAGCUCUUUGCUACAGGACGGAGACAGCUCCAUGGCACAGGUCAGGGAGAGAUCCUGGAUGUACCGUCUGCUUGUCUCCCUCAUUAUCUGGGCCCUGGCUGUCAUCCUGUCCGUGCCAACGUUCAUUUACACCACACUUCACCAGAGCUCUGUGGACCAGAUCUUCUUUCUGGAUCAAGACUUGAACCAGAGUUAUGUGCACCACGACUUCAACCAGAGCUAUGUGGACUACGACUUGGACCUUGGGUUUGCGGAGCAUGCUGACUUGACAAUGCCAGCUGAGUGUGUCUUCAAUUUUAAUGUCGUGCAGAUCUCGUUGGGGUUCUUCCUGCCGCUGCUGGUCGCCGGGUUCUGCUGCGUGUGCAUCACGGUCACAUUGCUCCGCACCAAGGCCUUGUGGCAGCACGAGGCUGCGUGCGUGGUGCUAACCAUGGUCUUUGCCAUGUGUCACCUGCCCUACAACGCAGCGCAGAUCUACCACCUAACCAACUGGAAGACGGAGAGGUCCUGCAAUGCGGAGAUGACGUUGGAUACAGUGGUGUUGGUGACGCGAGUUGUUGCGUACGUACACAGCUGCCUCUACCCCGUCCUCUACGCCCUCACCGUGGGGGUAUUCAGACACCGUGUACAGCGGAGGGCGUACACGAACUGGAGAACCGCUUCAAGACAGGCGUCGGAUCCCUACAUCCCAACUAACUAUGCUUAACCCCUUAGAAUGGAGCCUAUGUUACAACCUGUCACCAAAAUUGUAAUGGCUUUGUCUUAAUCUCCAGGUACUGUCAUAGCAAUGUUGUUAUGAUGUAGUUGAAUAUUUUCAGCAAAUAUUGAAUAGGCCCGCCGGUGACCCCAUCUGUAGAGGCUAAUAUCUUUAGCGUACGUGUCUCCUGUGGUAAUGAAGAAGGUCUAUAAAACAUUUGCCUCCAUGUUGUCAUUUACCAGA